AUGAGUUCAGGCUACGAGCUCCAUCAAAAACUACGCACCAAGACCGUCCGUCUCGUCAAGAAGAAGCAGUACGAUGAAGCCAUCUCCACCCUCCACUCGGGCGCGCUCACGCUCCUCUCCCAAUCCGAACAGGGUUCCGGCUGCGACCUCGCCGUCUACAUGAUCGACGUCUACAACUCAAAGGAUGCACCCGUCGACUCCGACUCGCGCGAUCGCAUCACCGAGAUCCUGGCCCAGGCAGCGCCGGAUUUCUGGAGGAAAAAAGUGGUGGAUGCUGCGGUCAAGUGGUCCGUCAAAGCUAGCGGUGCUUCUACGGGCGAUCCGUUGUUGCGGCUGUUCAUCGCGAAGAUGUACGCCAAGGAAGGGGACUUCGAACAUGCCGAGGGACAUUUUCUGGCCAGCUGUAUCGAGACGGAGCAGACGUAUGCGGUGGAGAGUGCACCGAAAGCCUACGCGCAGGCGAUGGCCGAGUGGUUGACCGCAUUCGCCGAGCAAGCUUCGCAGCAGGAGGGCGAGACGAGAGGUGCCGAUGCGAUCGCUCGGAUCGAAGCCGGUAGGUUCGCACUUCGCGCCACCAUCCCGCUGCUCGCCAACCACGCCGUGAAACCAGCACUCUCGUUCCAAGAGAACUACCUCUCCGUCGUCACCACUUCGCUCAAAUCCCUCCUCCUACCCGUCACACCAAACCCCCGCCCCUACACCCCACCUGGCUCUCCAACCCCUUCCACCGACAUCCAACUCUACCUCACCGCCAACCCCGACCUGAACUUCUCCCAGCUCGCCGUAGCCCUCGUCUCCGAAUCGCACAAGCUUCAGCGUCGCGGCGUACCCGAGUGGUUGCGAAAUGCGUGGAUCCAACUGGUCAGGCAGUACGAGCGAGAAGCCCCGAGUUUGUCGCAGGAGGAAGGUGUCAGGGAGGCGAUCCCGAGGAUUGGAGAGGAUUGGUUCGGAUUGAAGGUGCAGAGGGGAGGGGGUGGGGGGAACAUGUUGAAUGAGAUGAUGGCGAGUUUGUUCGGCGGUGCACCGGGGGGUGGGGCGGGGCAGGGACGUGCGGAGGAGAAGAGGCAGAUUCAAGGCGCCGGGGCCGCGCCGAAGGCGAAAAGUGCGGUGCAGAGUGGAGCACCGGCAGCGGCAGCGGCGCAAGCAGCGGCGGCACCGACGGCGACGGCCGAUGACUUGGUGGAUGAUGAGAUGGAUUAG